AGGAUCGCCGGAGCGCGGCGGCGCUGGCGAGCGAGCGAGGCUAUAUAAGCGCGCAGCGGCGGCCGGGCACGCGGCAGUCGAAGGCGGCGAGCCGCGCACGCAGCAUGGCGCGGCGGUGCUGAAGGAGAAGGGUGCGCACACACACACACACGCCGCAAGAACGGGCGGUGGCAUGGUCGACGCCCCCGAGCGGCGCGCUGCUGCUGCUGCCGCCUGCUGCUCGUGCCUGUGCCUGCCGCUGGCGAGGCGCCGCCCCCAGCCGCCGCAGCAGCCGCCUCCCUCGCCCACCGCCGCCAUGGUGCAGAUGUUCUACUACGAGAACCGCGGCAAGUGCUGCAAGAAGCUGCUGCGGUACAACGGCUACCCGAACAAGGUGCUGCUGUUCCCCGACGAGGGCUGGGCCAGGAGCGCGUCCUCCUCCUAUUGGACGCUGACCCCCGCGUGGUGGAGCCGCAACCGCUGCAAGGUCGUCGAGAUAGCCGGCACGAGGAGGUACAGUGCGCACGCGAAGAUGGUGGACACGGGUACUGGCAACCUGUACAUCGUCGGCUCCUUCAAGAGGAUGUCGCUGGACCCCGACUUCAAGCUGUACUUGACCUCGAACGUGACCACCUCGGACUUCAACAUGGGCUACAGCAUGACCGGCACGCUGGAGCGAGGCAGCAAGAAGUCCAACUCGUUCCAGAUGACGCACUUCGCCGUCAUACGCCGCCGGGACUACGACAAACAGUGAGCCGCGCCGCCCGCCGAGUUCCGGCGAUCGCCGGCAGAAUGCGCCGCCCACCGAGUUCCAACGCCCGCCGGCAGAAUGCGCCGCCGGACAAAACGCGUUCCUACGUGUGAGGCGGUGGGCUGUUGCGUCCGAGCGACUGAGGUGUCGGAACACACUCGGGCGGAAACGAAUGACGUUCCAGUACAUGUGGGGACACGUGUCUCCAAUACUUCUGUUUCAACUAUAAAAAAAAAAGUUUUAUUUUUUAAAACUGUUGUUAAUGUUGCCAAAGUGUAUUACCUCAGAAAAUCAUUUCAACUUCUAUUUUCGAUUAGUUAUAACGAUUUUCAACCUAAACUACUAACAUCUUAUCCCACAGUCUUUAUUUUUUUUUCUCCAAUGGUUCCAUAUAUCAUCACUACCGACAUGCAAGAUCAAUAAUUGACAUAAAAAUGACGGAGAAAAUGAAUACCUUCGUCUCGGACUAGCUGCAGCUGUUCAUGUUUAUCUUACAGUGCCAAGCGGUUAUAGCUGCUGGAACGUGUGAUUUGUCUGAAUGCUUGGAACUGUUCGGCCAAAUACCCAUUACAUUGUAGUCUAGUCACUAUAAAUAAAUAAAAAAUUCUAGUCUUUAGUUGUGAGGCUUUAAGACAAUCAACGUGGUUUUGUCCUUUGUGUCAUGGAGUUUUUGGAUAGGAAUAUUGCAUGGUGCACUGAUCGCCAAACUCAACAGCAAAAUAAUCCAUUGAAAUUCAAAUUGUGUCAUUUAUUAUUUUUUAAGUUUCUUUGACAAACUGAAUACAGCGAGGAAAAAAAGCAUGGCCGUGGGCACUAAAUUUCGGUUCUCACAGCCCAAACAGUCUGUUCAUGUAGCUACAGUUAUCUUAUGGAUUAUUGGCACUGUUACUGCGACACAUGAACCUGUUUUACGCUUUGAUUUAGAACAUUAUGUGCACACAUAAUCAGGGGCGCAACAACUAAAUUUCCAAAAGGGGGGCAAUAUUCCUAUUUAUAAAGAAUCAUCGAUCCCCCCCAUUGAAGUGGGGGGUCCGGGGAUCCUCCCCCAGGAAAAUCUGUAUUUCAAGGUGGAAAAUGGUGCUAUUUAAGCAGUUUUAUUAUCUAAAAAUUAAUUACACAGCACUUUCUUUGCCCCCCGUUUGCCCCUACUUCAAGG